GGCCAAGUUCCGCCAGCUUCAACUGCGAAUUCUCCACCACCAAACAAACCUUCACGUCAUCCACCCAAAAAACCCCCCCAACUUCAACCGCCAACAUGUCUUUCCUCGGAAUGGGUCGUCCUCAGCCUACCUCGGAGCAGAAGAUUGCUGCCGUCGAGGGCGAGAUGCGCAUGAUGGCUGAUACUUACAACCGGCUGCAGAAGGCGUGCCAGGCCAAGUGCAUCCCCACCGACUACCGCGAGGGCGAGCUCAACAAGGGCGAGUCCGUCUGCCUCGACCGAUGCACCGCCAAGUUCCUCGACACCUCGAUGAAGGUCAGCGAGAUCAUGCAACAACAGGGCCAAGCUAUGGGAGCUGGCGCUCAGAGCGGCGGUGGUGGCAUGUUCUAAACGAAUAACGGAGAAAUGAAUACAUGAUAGAGCCGAAGAGGUUGGCAGUGGAAGAAGCCUUGUACGAAUAUCUGGUGCUUGGGUUUGGGACGUCGUGCGCUUGCAUCGACAGGGACCUGGAACGGCUUAUGGUUUGGAAGAUGGGUUGUAAGACGGGCUGUAAAACUAGAUGUAUACGGAUCCGCGGCAUGACCGUCACGAUAAAACACCU